GCACGACGGCGUCGCGUCGGAACUUCGGAGUUGAAUGCCGCUAUCGGGCGAGAGAGAGUGCGAGUCGUGAGAGGAGAGCCACGUUAGUGCGCGUUCAGCGACUUCAGCGUUGGCGUUGCAGUGUCAACACAAUUGAGCGGUACUCGGUAGCAUAUUGCGACGGGAAUUCGAUCGAGGCUCUGAUCGACACGAGGACAGCGGGAUGUCAAGCGGCGCGGACGAGUGCAGGCUGAAGGGCGGUCAUCCCCCGGCAGUCAAGGCGGGCGGCAUGAGGAUAACGCAGCACAAGACGCCGAAGGACGAGCGCGAGACGAAGCCGUCCAGCAAAGACGUCGAGGAGAGCAGGCCGUCCAGCAGUCCGCCGAAGACGAUAAUGAUCAGCGGCGCCCCGGCCAAAGGCAACGCAGAUUUCCCGCCGGAAGCGGUGCAACACUUCCACGAGAAGCCUGCACCGACGCACGACGCACGGCCGGCGCAUUGUUCGCGUCCCAUUAUCAUUCAGCAGCCCAGAAAGUGAGCCGUACUUUGCGAGCUGUCCGCCGUACUAGUGGACCUUGGUCCACAGUCACCCGUUAAAUUUACAAGGAAAAAAAAAAGAAGAUUACAAUUAUACAGAUACAUAUAUAUAUGGGAGAUAGGUAUAUAUUAUAUACAUAAGCGUACUUAAACAAGUUUUUAAAAUUGAAGAAUUUAAACUUUACGCGGCAGCGUUUGCACCGCUCGAUCCUUGAUCCUUUAAUCGAUGAUUAUGAUCCUUUUUUCUAAUAAGGCACAAGAAAAUUGUAAAUUUGGUUCAGAGAAAGAAAGCCGGGAUAAAUUCACGAUUGCGAAAGCUAUGAAAGAUGUUAACGAGCUGGGACGGGGGUCCAUUUUUGAGAAUGAAGAACGGGCAGGACCCGCGUAAACCGAUCGGUUAAAGGAUCGAGGAAGCUCGAUUUUUCUCGUACGCUGAAAUAUUAGAUGACCUCAGAGAUAUUACUAUAUAUCGUUGUUAAAAACAAAAGGGAAAAAAAAGUUUAUUUUUAACGCUAUGAGAUUUCUUGUAUCGGCAUUUAAGAUUCUAACGUACGCGGGCUUUCGCGAGUACGUCUCCGACUCGUUAUCGCACGUUUCAUCUUAUCGUUCCUCUUAUACCAGACACGAUACGUUCGCUAUGAUUGCAUUACCUACGAUCAAAGUAUUGUUGUAACGUAGUUACACGAUACUAUCACUAUUUUGGGGACCAGUACGUACUGCGACUCAUGACGGAACUUUCACAUUCAGUUGCAUUCUCAACUUUCGGAUCUUUUUUACUUUUCUCUUUGUAUCUGUCUGAUCAUAGCAUGGAAAAUCAGCCGUGUCAGUAUCGCUUUGAAUUUCAGGGAAUCGAAAUACUUUGUUAAUGUGAAUUAACGUUAACACAAGUUAAAUGUUAAUAUAUAUACGUUCAUGUAAGCGUGUAAAUGUCGAGCGAGAUUCGCAGUUGGCGAACAGUUUGUAUAACAUUUGAGAGGGAAUAAACAUAUAUGUACAUAA